UCUGACUCUGCCGUGCCAUAUAGCUAUAGCGCUGCUGAUGAAGGCUUCACCGGGCUCGGAGUAACUUUCUCUUCCGCCUUCUGGGGUCCCGACUGGCUUUUGGGACGACCAAUGCUCGUUUCUCAUCCACUCGACUGCAGCCAAUAGGAGGGUUGGGCGGGCGGUCUUGGUUAGGUAGCAGGCUAGCUCUGUGCCUUUUCCGAGUUGGGUGUUGAAAUCAGGCAGCGGACACAAGACGGGGAGGGGAGCCCGUCACUUUUAAAGGGCCAGCAGUGAAAGUGGAAGAAAGUUGUCAAGGGUGGUUGGGCUAGCUCCUGCCGCGGUGAUCAACGCACCGCGCCUUGGUCGGGGGUUAAAUAUCCCGACAGCCUCCGGCCGCAGAAUGGAGCAGGCAGCGCCUAAAAGCAAGCUAAAGAAGCUAAGUGAAGACAGCUUGACUAAGCAGCCUGAAGAAGUAUUUGAUGUCUUGGAGAAGCUUGGUGAAGGUUCUUAUGGCAGUGUGUUUAAAGCCAUACACAAAGAAUCUGGGCAGGUAGUGGCGAUUAAGCAAGUCCCUGUUGAAUCGGAUCUACAAGAAAUAAUUAAAGAAAUUUCCAUAAUGCAACAAUGUGACAGUCCUUAUGUUGUCAAGUACUAUGGCAGCUAUUUUAAAAACACAGACCUGUGGAUUGUUAUGGAGUACUGUGGAGCUGGUUCUGUGUCUGACAUAAUUAGACUGCGGAAUAAAACGCUCACAGAAGAUGAAAUUGCAACCAUUCUUAAAUCUACACUUAAAGGACUUGAAUAUUUGCAUUUCAUGAGAAAAAUACAUAGAGAUAUAAAGGCUGGAAACAUCCUUUUAAACACUGAAGGGCAUGCCAAGUUAGCUGACUUUGGAGUGGCUGGACAGUUAACUGAUACAAUGGCAAAACGGAAUACUGUCAUAGGUACUCCAUUUUGGAUGGCGCCAGAGGUAAUACAAGAGAUUGGUUAUAACUGUGUGGCAGACAUCUGGUCCCUUGGUAUUACUUCAAUAGAGAUGGCCGAAGGAAAGCCUCCAUAUGCUGAUAUACAUCCAAUGAGGGCAAUUUUUAUGAUUCCUACGAACCCCCCUCCAACAUUCCGGAAGCCAGAGCUUUGGUCUGAUGAAUUCACUGAUUUUGUGAAGAAAUGCUUAGUGAAGAAUCCUGAGCAGAGAGCUACUGCAACACAGCUUUUGCAGCAUCCUUUUAUUAAGAAUGCCAAACCAGUCUCAAUUCUAAGAGACCUGAUUACUGAGGCUAUGGAAAUCAAGGCAAAGAGGCAUGAAGAGCAGCAGCGGGAACUGGAAGAGGAAGAUGAAAACUCGGAUGAAGAUGAGCUGGACUCCCACACCAUGGUGAAGACUAGUUCCGAGAGCGCAGGCACAAUGAGGGCCACAAGCACCAUGAGUGACAGUGCUCAGACAAUGAUUGAACAUAAUAGCACUAUGCUUGAAUCUGAUUUAGGAACCAUGGUGAUAAAUAGUGAUGAUGAUGAUGAUGAAGAAGAAGAUGGAACCAUGAAAAGAAAUGCUACAUCGCCACAGGCACAGAGACCUUCUUUUAUGGACUACUUUGAUAAACAAGACUCUAAGAAUAAAAGCCAUGAAAACUGCAACCAAAACAUACAUGAACCCUACCAUAUAUCAAAGAAUGCUUUCCCAGACAACUGGAAGGUCCCUCAAGAUGGUGACUUCGAUUUUCUAAAAAACCUAAGUUUGGAAGAGCUGCAGAUGAGGUUAAAAGCUUUGGAUCCUAUGAUGGAACGGGAAAUUGAAGAGCUCCGUCAAAGAUACACAGCAAAGAGGCAGCCGAUUCUGGAUGCUAUGGAUGCAAAGAAACGAAGGCAACAGAACUUCUGAUGCUCCUGCUUCCUAAGAUAAUGCUAUGAGUCAGUAUGGACCCUAGUAAAAAAUGUACAUAACUAUGAGUGUUGAAAAGCGCUGCAGCAGCUUUGAACUUCACAACAUCUAAAACUGAAGUACUAAAAGAGAGCACGUUAUAUGUCCUGCAGCCUGAGUGGGAAACCUUUCCUAUCUUUCAUGUGUCAAUGCAAUAGAAGUUUCACAUUCCACUUCCUGGUCCCUUUCAGCUGUGACUGUGUUGCAGUAAUGUUGAGUGUUGUACAAUUAAGGAGUAGUGUAUGGUUCCCUGUAAGACCUAAAUCUGUCUCCUAAUUGCUCAAUACUGCAGGGCCUUUGAGUUGCAAUAUAUUUCCCUCCCAUUUAAAGGCAUAUUUAUUCUAUACGCUUAGGUGACCUUAUUUAUUUUUGUGCUUGAUGCUUCUUAACUAUAAAUGGGGCUUGCAGAUACUAACUGUGGAAGCAGGGAUAGAGUUAGUGUGUAAAUUAUGUGUGCAGUCACACUCUAAAUGAAAGUUGCUACUAUAUAAAAGACCUGACUCAGGUAAAAGAGUGUUAGCUCUAGCCAGCUGGAUAGCACACACACACACACACACACACACACACACACACACACACGUACGUCUCAUGAGAGUCUUGUUAGGAGCUUGAAGUUUUGCAUGUGUUUAAGCGCUAUGCUGAUCUGGGGGCAAGUGAUGCCUUGGCUGCAUUCAGGAAAUACUUGCACAGAGACAGAUGGUACCAUCCCCUAGGAAAUACUCCUGGGCAUAUCUCACUGAAAUCAAUGGGGAUGGUGCACUCUUAAACAACUUCCAUUUAUUACUGAGGGCUUCUUCAGGAGAAGUUCCCAGUGGGUUUUGUCUCCAAGCUGUUGCUUUCACUUGUGUUGAGUAGUAUCUUACCAAGAAGAGACAAGUGCCUAUACAGUUCUCUCCUUCUCCCCACCACCCUAUUAUGAAGAAGACAAUGCAGGUGUGGGUCCCCUUAUCUGCUAUUGCCUUUCAUAUAAACCCAUCAGUUUUAAUAUUCCACUUAGCUCCAUAACAAAAAUACUGCUACACUAUUGGGCCAGUUUGCCCCCCAUUUUUUUCCUUUCAUUGGAAAUAUUUUACUGUAAUAAUGAACACACUUUGAGAAACACUAACUUAAAAGCCAAAGAAAAUUACACUGGUGCAUAGAUACAAGCAUAAGGUUUAUUUUGCCAGGCAAUUUCCCUUUUGGCAGCUCUUCCUACCAAAUGCCAACACCAUUUAAAACAACAACAACAAGCUCUUCUGAGUUUAAAAAACAUCUUGUAGUUUGCUGCUGCUGCUGCAGAGUAAGUAGCUGAGGGGAAGCUCCCAUGCAAGUGUCUUAACAGUGCAAUGCUGUGCCCGUCUACCUGAAGGGAACUCCACUUGGGUUCAGUGGGACUUGGUCCCAAAUCAAUGUGCAGCCUUUAAUUACCUUGCUGCAUUGUGACCUAUACCUCUAAACAUUAGGAAGCCUGUCCUUCCCAUUGUUGCAGAUUGUUGCAGCCACAAGUAUACCAGCACUGUUAUAUAGCACUCUCUUGCAAGCACAACACCUCCCUGGAUUUCGCAUAGUAUAUUGUCACACCUUUCCAGCUCUGGUUUUGUGCUGGACAUAGAUCCAAUAAGUGACAGGAAUGCUAUCACAGUCAAUGUAGUAUAAGCUCCUUUUGUAUGAUGGUGUAAUCCAUUUUGUAAGUCAUCUUACAGUUACUUUAUUUCCUUCUGCCUUUCCUCUGAACUACCUACUAAUAGAGCUUUGAUAUUCAUUUAUUUCCCAUAGAAUGUUUGCUAUCGACAAACAUGACUUUGUACACAUCGCAAAAGAGGAUGUUAAUAGUGACCACUAGGUAGAUACUCUGGAUUUUGAUUUUACCAAACAGACCCUUCCUCUUACUGUGUCCUACAAUCAUUGUUAGUUGUCUGUUCUGCGCGCUGCAAACCGAAAGACCACACAGCACAUUCCGAAAAGCCUUAAACAAUCGACAGAAAUGAUCAGCAUUAUGGGACCAUUGCUUUAUUUCCAGCUAUGAGCUCACCAUGCAUUGUGUGUGUGCCCACAUGUGUACAUGCCAGGCUGUGUGCAUGUGUGUUAAUCCGAAUAGUAAGUUAAACAGAACCUAGUAUUUUAUAGCUUCCUAAAAGCUCUUACAAAUCCCAAAUUGUUUUUGAAAUGGGAAAAGUUGCUGCUUGUGAACUUUAUUGAAGCUGAGAUCCAAUACUGUUUACUCUUGGUAUGCCACUAUCUUUCAUUGUAUCAGAGUUAUAGUGAUGUGCUGUGAAGUUAUAGUUGCUCAUUAGUUGGUAACACAAACUUUUAAAAACAUUUUGAUAAAUAUUAAUUAUAGGUGCUUAUGAUGUCCCUUAAGGGACAUAACUAAUGAUGUGCCCAUAAUGAUCUACAGUCCUGCCCACUGUACCUUGGGCAAGCUGUUAAAAUGCAGGCAGACAGCCACUGUGCGACAUUUUGUGGAAGUCAGGCAAGGCAGAGCUGUCCAACUGCGUCUGUCAUAAGGAAUAAUUCUUGCCAGGCUAUACCAGAAUUAAGAGUGGUAAGCCUUGGGAUGUGGUUCAAGGGGCCAGUUGUAGACCUGCCCUGAGAAAUCUCUUGCCUAUACUGAAACAGCAGCACCAAGGGUGGCUCCUUCUGUGGGUGGGACCAGGCAGGCACUCACCAGUAAAGGAGGCAAGGAGUAAAGGGUCCCAUUGUUCCAGUGGUGGGAUGCCUGAAACCAGUCCUUUGCUGUGGCAGAGUCUAGGAUUGGGAUCCUGCAGUGCAAUCCUGUGCGUGUAUACACAGAAAUAAGUUCCACUGUGUUUUAUGUGGAUUACUCUUAGGUAAGUGUGCAUAGGAUUGUAGCCUUAAUUACCUAACUUCACAUGAUCAACCUUCUUUAAUAUCAAGAGUGUUUGGUAUUAAAACUCAGUUUUUCAGCACAGCCCCAUGAAUUUCUAAGCCAUGCCUUUUCCUAAACUGCAAAGAAAUACCAAAAAGACUAGUGUGGGCAUCAGCCUUUCCUUUCCUUGGCGUGCCUUAUGCAUAAUUGACUGACCAAUCAAAUGUGCUCUGAUUUUUCAUUUAUUGUUUUGAUUAUUAUUACACAAUGCAAGCCAGGAGGACAGUUCUCAAGAGCCAGUGGUCAGGCUAAGACACUUAGGUAGCAUCCAGAAGCAUCCCUGUUCAGAGACUGAGUCUCGUAAGAGCCUUUUCAUCCAAGAAGAUGAAAUUGGGCUGAACUGAAUUUCUCACUUUGAUUUAAGCAUUUAUUAGACACAGUUUAAGAUAAAAAUUAUACUAGAAGGAGGACAUAAAAACUAUGAUGCAAUAGUUCAGGGUACAUACUAUUCAAAUUUUAUAUGUGCAACAUUUCCCUCAAUUCAGUGAAAUAAUACAGUAAUAAAUUGUAGUAAACUUAAAAAGACACUUGUUGCAAUCACAGUUGGUUGGAUUGGACAACAGGUUGUAUGCCAGGAAUGACAUUUAGGAUAUAUAGGCAAUUGGCCUUUUUAUUCUUCCAUAUUUAUUUAUAUUUACUGAAUCAUAUACUACUUGUGUCCAUAACCACUUUUAUCUCCACUGAAAGACGUACAUCUUUUGUAAAGUAUUUAUUUUACUAAAACUUGCAAUAAAUCCAGUAGAGUUGACAAUUAACCUUAGUUAAAUUUUAACCCAGCUUGGUUUAUUAUUUCUUUUCUGUCUUGUACAUAAAAGGUUUAAAAUACAGUUUCCAAAAAUUCUGAAAACUAAUUCUUUGUUACCAAACAUUUUGAAUAAAAGUUAUUUUCCAUCUA